AUGCCCGCCCGACCAUUGUCGCAUAUCCUUCGUGCUCGCUGCCUGCGCCGUGGGCCCCAGACCACACAGGCCUUCUCUACCCGAAGCAAUCUUCGCGCCGCAGACCAUGGCGAUCAUUACGAUCCCCCGACCGGUUGGCUUUUCGGCGUCAAGCCCGGCCACAAGUACGUGAAGGAAGGCUGGGAGAACAUCUGGUACUAUGGAUUUAUCGGCAGCUUCCUGGUUGCUGGCGUCGCAUAUGUCUUCAAGCCUGACACCUCGAUACAAACAUGGGCUCUGGAAGAGGCGCGACGGAGACUCGAAGCCGAGGGCAUCCUGGAGGACCCCGACAAGGUCAAGAAAUAA